GAGGGUUGAUGCUUUGCCUGGGUACUAAAUGUACGUAGUUUUCCCUAACAGUAGCUACCAGGUAGUAGGUCCUGUGAAGACUGGUACAUGAAUGUUAAGGAACCACUUUUUGGUUACAAUUUUGACAUGUAUACUACUGGUAGUGGGGAGGGUACCCUGAGCGACUGCAUGGCUUGCUUCUUCACUCAACCAGGUAAGCAAGUGCUGUGGGGUUAGGCUUUGUAAGGUCCUGAUUCCUGAUGUUGACCUGUACCAGGUACCGUACCGGUACAGUACCACCUGGAACAGGGCCUGGAUCCAUAUGCCCGAAUGGUACCGUACCAUACAUUUACGAUAUGGUAGAUACCAGUACCAUACGGUACUGUAGUUAGCGGUACUAUACCGUGUGGUAAGUUUCGGUACCCGCAGCGGUCCGCUAAGUACCGUACCGUACCGUACGUACCGUACCGUACUCGUACGGUACCGGUACCGGUAGGUGCUGGUGCCAUACGGUAAGAAACAUAGAUUUUGUGUUUCCAGCAUCCUCUUCCAGCUAUUUUCUAUAUUACCAUCGUUCAAGUCUAAUUACCAACACGCAGACGCCGCCUUCCCUUCGCUCUUUGUGAUCACAUAGGAGAUGCUGUGGUUGAAUCCAACGGCCUGCAACCGCGCUCUAAGCUCCCACAAUUGCAGCAAAUCCUCUUCCGAGCUGACUGGAUGCAGAUAAUUCCGUAGCAAGGACAAGCCGCCAAUAAAACCAUGACGGCCGCUUUUAACAUUCGCCUCUCUAGAGCCCUGGCCUUUUGGAUUUUUAUCAUUGGUGUAGCCAAAGGCGAACAAACCCAGAAGACACCUCUCACGGACGACAAUAUUGGUUUGGCGGUGGACGAAUGGUUUUCCAACCGAGAGGGUGCCAAGUCCAAGUAUGGAGCCAUCGAAAGCUGGGACACAUCACAAGUGACAGAUAUGCAAAAAUUAUUUCAGGACAAAUCAGAGUUUAACGACGACAUUUCCAAGUGGAAUACAAGUUCUGUCACCAGCAUGGCCUAUCUCUUCAAUGGAGCUACCUCUUUCAACCAAGACCUGGAUUUGUGGGAUACCCGCAAGGUCAAACACAUGGACGCAAUUUUCAACUUUGCAACAUCGUUUAAUGGGAAUAUUUCUACCUGGUUAACCGAGUCCUUGCGAAGCAUGGAUUAUGCCUUUAGCCAUGCAACAGCUUUUAACAGUGAUAUUUCCUCCUGGCAAACGGCCAAUGUCAAGUACAUGGCCCUUGCAUUUUGGAAUGCAACCUCCUUCUCUCAUGAUUUGUCCAACUGGACCAUUGCAAAUGUGAAGGAUAUGGGCGGAAUGUUCUACAACGCCAGUGCUUUUAAUCACGCACUGUGCUGGGAAGGUCUAGUGGAGCACAGCCACGUUUCCAAGCUCUUUUGUGGCAGUCAAGGCACACUUGAUCCCAAGUGUGUUGACACGGAACUAUUGGCAGUGGUAAAUGAACAAUGUCCAAAGGAGAAAAAGGAAGAAACUCCCGACACUGCCGGUAGCCAGGUUGCCACUGCAACACCCACCAAACCGCAAGCCGUGGAUAAGGGUGAUGAGACGAUGACCAGUUCUGAAUCUACCGCUGGCAACACCACUCAGCCUUCCGAAGCUCCGAAGAGUGAAGACUCUAACCACGAUGUCCCUGCUGGAUCUUCUGUGGAAACCAUAAUUUCAACACCACAGCAAACAACCACAGAAGCUUCCGAAUCUGGCAGCGAGGACAGCAGUACCAAAGAAGUCGACACCCCUUCAGUUUCUGCUGUUCACAGCACCACUUCCCAGUCGAGCAAAAAGACUGAUAUCUUGUUUUAUCUUGCCUUUGCCUUCGUCGCUGCGUGCCUGCUUUUUGUGACCUUUUCCUUUUUUAUUGUCAUGUACAAGCGUCGACAAGUAAAGGAAAGCUAUGCACAAAGACGGGUUCACAACCACGACGACGCAGCAACGUUUCGUGGUGAAGAUUCCCUCAAUUCCUUGGAUCUGUCAGUUGUGUAGUUGGUUGCCGUUGGAUGACCUUGGAGGGACUCGUACCAUGUUGUUUCCUUGAAUCGCAUUUUGAGGGGGGGAGGGGGGCGCCCCAGAACAACCAAUUGCACCCAACGUUGAGUCGAAUCAUUGAGCGACAAUUAUCAGCUUCCUCAUCAUGGUAAAGGCUGUAUUUCUCCAAAGCAACAACUAGCAAGAGGAGCUCGUGGGCAACAUGAGAACAUGAGAUUGGUAAGGAAGAGCAUCAAAUCUUGCUACUAGCGGGGAACCAAUCGAGUAUCUGUUGUGUUGUCUUGCAAGCAUAGAGAGUUCAUAACCAACUGUACGACUGUAGAAAUUUCCAAUUAUCAG